GUCGAUAUUUGUCGCCAAUUGCACUUCCACCACGCCACAAUGAGACCCUCGACCCGAUUGCUCGCCCAGGCCACGCGCUACCUCACCCCCGGCGCUCCCACCGGUCUGACUGGUGUCUUGACCCAUGCCGCCCCCCGCUCCACCCUCCUCUACCUCUACAACACUACUCUGGACAAGCUGAAGCAGUUCCCCGAGCACUCCGUCUAUCGCCAAUCCGUCGAGGCUCUUACCAAGCACCGUCUAUCUAUCGUCGAGUCCGUCAAGCCCGAGGGUCUUGAGGAAUGGCAAUCUCGCGUUCGCAGCGUCGUCGAGGCACACCCUAACGCCUUCCGCUCAAUUGCAUCAGCCACCAACAAGAAUGAGGUCAACAUCGUCUACAACGAGACUGCCCUCAAGGGUAUGGAGACCGAGGACUACGAGGACGAGCCCAUUCAGAAGCAAGAGCCCGAGGGUCCUAGAGUUGCUUCCGAGAAGUCGCACCAGGGCCACUCGUUCAUGGCCGAUCCUCAGGCUGAUAACGAGAUGAUACCUCGCAUUGAGCCCGAACCCCCGCUCACUUCCGAGCAGAUCAACACCAUCGAGUCGCAAAUUGAGGCUGGCCUGAUCGAGGAGAUCAUCCUUGUCGCAGAGGCCGAGACUGCUCUCGUCGACGAGAUGUACAAGAGCAAGGUCUGGGAAGACCUCGAAGAGUCCCCCAACCAGGGCCAAUGGGCUUACUACGAGCGCGAUACUCACACCCCCAAGACCCAGGCACCAUAGAUUGCCUGCGAGUCGUCUGUUUUCCUUGUACAAAAUACCAAUCCACAAAGCGCUUUUCCUUGGUCCAUCUAAAUCAUGAAUUUCUAAUUUCAGCUUCCCUCAUCCGACUACUCAUGCGAUUCAGCAAGUGUUCUGAAGCUAUACAGGAAGGUGCAGCUCCUUGGGCCUUACUGACUACCUGUCAACACUACCUAACAAACAGAUCAAAAGCUGAGGA